UGUUCUCUUUGUUUUGGUAUAUACAGGUCACCUAUAUGCCUGCAAUAAUGAGAGCAUGUAUAUUUUGUUCAUCGUGACAUAUGGUAUCACGUCAUGGUUUUCUGGGUACAAAGCUACUUCAUUCCACUCUGGCUUCACAACACGAGGAUGGAUAGAAUGUGUUAUUCAAACUGGGGCCCUGUACCCUGUUCCAGUGAUCUUAUUAGUUCUUGCCAUAGCAAUAAGAUCACUUCUUACCACUACAACCUUCUAUUUUAUCAUUUCUUUUUUCGUUGCUAUCAGACUCCUUACUUGGGGUGGUAAAUUCGGGCAGACUUCCAUAAAUGAAUCUAAAAUAACUUGUUCCACCAUACACUUUCAAAGUGAGAUUCCAGAUCAGGCUUGGUACACGAGGACACCUGCUCAAAUGUUCCUUGGGGGUCUUCUACCUUUCAGCAUAAUCUACUCCAUGAUGGAUGAUAUCUAUGCAAGCUUGUACAGUUUGAAAGUCUGUGGUGCAUUUAGUACUAUGUUUACCGCCUUCAUUUCUGUCAUCGCACUAACUGUGUUGAUGGGAAUCAUCUGUACAUGCUAUCAGCUUUACAAGCAAGAUCACCAAUGGUGGUGGAGAUCUGUGCUUCGUGGGGGAUCACUUGCGAUUUUCAUGUUUGCGUAUGGUCUCUAUUUCUAUGCUAGAGCAAGUGCCAGAAUUUCAAUGAACCUGCUAGAGUUCCUGGGCUACAAUGCCUGCAUAUUCUAUACUGUCUUCUUGAUACUUGGAACCAUUGGCUUCUAUGCUUCAUCAAUUGGUUUCCAUUACAUGCGCCGAGUCCUAAAGAGGAGAGAGACGAAAAAGCUCAAUUCUUUCUCUCAUGUUGACUCAAAGAGAGAUAGCACAUAAUUUUGGUUAUUUUCUUGAUUGACAGGCUUGAGGAGGCCUUAGUAAUUGUAUUGCAAUAUUUUUCUCUUUUUGGUAGAAGAAGUCAACACCAUGGAUUCAAAAUCCUUGACCUCACCCAUACCUACA